AUGGCCGUGUGCUGGAGUGGGCCAGGUCCAAGGAGCCUGCUGGGAUCCAGGGAAAUGGAGGAAGACCCAGAAACUGCUGUAGAGAUAUGGCUGCAGAGAGGGAGGCUCUUCAGAGCAUGGCCUACCCUGAGGUAAACCUUCUGUCAGAAGCACGGCUUGACUUUCGAGGUUGUUGAUCUGAGGUGGGGUAUUCGGAACACAGAGGCCACUGAUCUCCUGACCACAGAACUUUGCUUGGAGGAGAUCACCCGGUGUCGGAAAACAUCCAUAGGCCCGGCUUUUGUGGCCCUCAUAGGUGACCAGUAUGGCCCCUGCCCGGUCCCCCCACUGAUCGAAGAGAAGGAGUGGGAAGCAUUGAGGGCCCAGCUGACCACCAGGCCCAGCGACCUGGAGCUGCUGGCGUGCAGCUUCCGAAGGGACGAGAACGCCAUUCCUCCCACCUACGUCCUGCAGCUGCCAGGCUCCAAAGAAGCACUCGGGCCUGCGGAGACCACCCUGACGUCUGCCCUCCACUCCGGGGCCCAGGAGGCCCGGAGGCUGGGCCUCAUCACGCAGGAGCAGUGGCACCGCUACCACCGGUCAGUCAUCGAGUGGGAAAUCGAGCAGGGCCUGCUGAGCUUGGAGGACGGGUCCCAGGGAGCCACCGUCUUCCUCCGUGAGAUCCAGGAUCUCAACAGGCACAUCCUGGACGACUGUGCCCUUCAGACGGUGGACUGGCUCCCAGACGGCUGCCUGGACACCGACGCCCAGAGCCUUCUCAGGGGACUCAAGGAGCGCAUCGCCACCACACAGCCCGGGGUCCUCCAGGCCCACUGCCUGCCAUGGAGCCGUGACCUGGUGAGCCCCAAGAACAAGGCUCACAUGCGCUACCUGAGGGAGCUGGGUGAACAGUUUGUGGCCAGGGCCAGCUGGCAGGUCCUCGAGCACCUUCGUGAGCUGGAGGGGGCCCGGCAAGAGCUGGCAUGGCUCUACCAGGAGAUCCGCCACCACCUUGGGCAGAGUUGGGAGGCCGCCCAGACCUUCUGCGGACGCCAGGAGCUGCUGGCUCAACUGGGGCUGCAGCUCCAGUGGGACGAUGGCCGCUUCCACCCACCCCUGGUGCUCUUUGGCUCCCCGGGCAUUGGGAAGACAGCCCUGAUGUGCAGGUUGGCGGGGCAGGCGCCAGGGCUGUUGGGGCACAAGACAGUGACCGUCCUGCGGCUGCUGGGGACAUCCCAGAUGAGCCAGGAUGCCCGCGGCCUGCUCAAGAGCAUCUGCUUCCAGGUGUGCCUAGCCUAUGGGCUGCCCCCACCUCCCUCCCAGGUCCUGGAUGCCCACAGCAGGCUGGUCCAGUUCUUCCACGGCCUCCUCCACACCGUCUCCUGCAGACACUUCGAGUCUCUCGUGCUUCUGCUGGACUCCGUGGACGACCUGGCCUCCACUAGCCGUGCUCAGAGGGUUCCCUGGCUGCCUCUCCGGUGCCCCCCCGGGGUUCACCUCAUCCUCUCGGCCUGCUCAGGGGAAAGAGGCUUUCUAGACACCCUGCGGCAGAGGCUUGUGGACCCGGAGGCCUACUGGGAGGUGAAGCCCCUCUCAGGAAGCCAAGGACAGGAGAUGGUCCAGCGCCUGCUGGUGGCUGCAGGGAGGACACUGUGCCCGGAGCAGAGGGACCUGCUCUGGGCCAGCCUCCCAGAGUGCGGGCACCCUGGGCGGCUGAGGCUGGCCUUCGAGGAAGCCCGCAGAUGGGCCUCCUUCACCGUGCCAGCCCCUCUGGCCGCCGCCACCGAGGAAGCCACACACCAGCUCUGCGCCCGGCUGGAGCAGACACAUGGGCGAUGCCCUGUAGCCCACGUGCUGGGUUACAUCGUGUUGUCCCGGCAUGGGCUCUCAGAGGCAGAGCUGAAGGACGUCUUGUCCCUGGAUGACGAGGUCCUGCAGGCUGUGUACCGGGUCUGGGCCCCUCCCAGCAGGGAGCUGCUGCGUUUCCCCCCCUUGCUGUGGGUGCGAUUACGGCGGGACCUGGGCUGCUGUCUGGCCCGGCGGCCCACAGACAGCGCCACGCUGCUGGUGGUUGCCCACAGGCAGCUGGUCAAGGUGAUACGUGAGCGCUACCUGUCGGGGCCCGAGAGGGCCAAGAGACACAGCGCCCUGGCCGACUUCUUCUCAGGAGCCUGGAGCCAGGGCACCAAGAAACUCAUUACCCUGCCACUUGUGGGGAAGCCCCUGAACUUGGACCGCAAGGUGGCCCCCCAGCCCCUGUGGUUCUCGGACACGGUUGCAAACCUGCGGAAGCUACAGGAGCUGCCCUAUCACCUGCUCCAUGCGGGCCGCUGGGAGGAGCUGAAACGGGAGGUACUGGGGAACAUGAGCUGGAUUUGUUGCCGGGGCCUCUCUGGGAGCAUUGAGGACCUACUGGCUGACUUUGACCUGUGUGCCCCUCACCUGGACUGCCCCGAGGUUGCCCUGGUCCGUGAAGCCCUACAGCUCUGCCGUCCUGCUGUGGAGUUCCGAGGCAUGGAGUGGAGUCUCCUCUACACAGAACUCCUGGCCAGACUUCAUUUCUUUGCCACCUCCCACCCAGCACUGGUGGGACCGCUGUGCCAGCAGGCCCAGAGCUGGUUCCGAGUGUGCCCACACCCUGUGCUGGUGCCCCUUGGAGGAUUCCUCCAGCCUCCCGGAGGGCCCCUCCAGGCAACCCUCACCGGCUGCCACAAAGGCAUCACUGCCAUGGCAUGGGUCCCGGAGGAGAUGCUGCUGGUGGUCGGCACCCAGGAUGGCCUCGUGGCCGUGUGGGAUGUGGAAGACCAGCAAGUGAUCCAUUUUCUAACCGGUCACACAGGGGAGGUGAGGUGUGUGAGAGUGCUGGCCAGAGGGACCCUGGCUAUCUCCGCUUCUAAUGACCACACACUGCGCUGGUGGGACUUGCUCUCUGGCCAGGAGAAAUAUGCAAUCUGGGACGGAGGCUCAAAAGACCCCACCGAGCCUCCAAUGUGGAGCCUGCAUGUGGACGAAGCCAACAAGGCUGUAUAUUCGGCAUCAGCGUCAAAGAUCAGCGCUUGGCAUCUGGAGACUGCUGAGCUGGCUUUCCGUGUCCUGGGAGACACUUCUGACCCCUGGGUGUGCACGGCCAUGCUGGUGUCCCAGGCCCGGCUGCUGACCCUGUCCAGGGGUGGUGUGAUCAGUCUGUGGAGCUUGGCCAUGGGGACACUACAGGGGAAGAAGCGUGUGGCCAGCACCCAAGAGGAAGCACCUACUUGUGCAGUCUCAGUACAGAAGCAGGGAAGGCUCGUGACAGGGUUCAGCAGUGGUUCCGUCUCUCUGGUUUCCUCUGAGGGAGACAGAUUGCUGGAGAAGCUUCCAGAUGCUGUGAGGUUCCUGGUGGUCUCAGAAGAUGAGUCCCUUCUGGCUGCAGGCUUCGGAAGGGCUGUGCGGAUAUUCUCGGCUGACUCACAGGGUUUUCGCCGAUGCCUGGCCACCGACCUGCAGCACGAGGCUGCGGUAGAGACAGCCAUCUUUGGUCCUGGGAACAACCUCGUCAUCACUGGGUCCCUUGACGCACUUGUUCAGGUGUGGAGUCUGUCGGAACAAGGAACCCUGCUGGACAUCCUCGAAGGUGUUGGGGCCCCCGUGAACCUGCUGGCCCGGAGCGGGGCCUUGGUGGCAUCUGCUUCCCAGCAGUCCUCAUCUUUCAAAGUCUGGGAUCUCACCUACAUUCAGAAGCCCCGGGCCUCUGUGCCCUUUCUGGACCGCACCGGCCUCACUGCGGUGUCCCACAACGGGAGCUAUGUCUACUUCCCCAAAACUGGGGACAAAAGCAAAGUCACCAUUUGGGACUUGGCGGAAGGAGAGGAGCAGGAUGCCCUGGACACAUCCAGCGAGGUCAGGUGCCUGGAGGUCGCUGAGCAGCUCCAGCUUCUUUUCACGGGCCUGGCGUCAGGAGUGGUCCUUGUGUUCCCCCUGAGUUCCAGGCAGGAUGUGGUGUGCUUUCCCCCACCUGAGGCCCGGAGAGCCGUCAGUUGCAUGUCCCUGAGCAAGUGCGAGGACCGGCUGGCCGUCGCCUAUGACGACUUCAUCCUGGUGCUGGACAUUAGGCCUGGAGACCCCUGCCCAGUCAUCGACGGGCCCACAUACACCUUUAGUACCCAGCUGCCCGAGACCAUAUCCAGCGUGGCUGUCACGGCCAACGACCGUGUGGCCUACGGCAUGAGCCACGGCAGCCUCUUCCUGUACGAGUGUGUGAAGGCCAAGGUGCUCCCUCUGGAGGUCCACAGGAGCAGGGUCACCUGCGUGGAGGUCAGCCACACGGAGCAGCUGGCUGUCAGCGGGUCCGAGGAAGCCCUCCUGUGCCUCUGGGACCUGCAGGCGUGCAAGAAGAAGUUUGAGAUGAACUGCACGAAUUCCUACUGCAGAGGGGUCCAGUGCGCAUGCUUCUCCAAGGAUGACAAGUAUGUCUACGUGGGCUUGAAGGAUCGCUCCAUCAUUGUGUGGAGUGUGCUAGAUGGCACUCUGCUGGCUAUCCAGUUUGUCCAUGCUGUGGUAAACAGAAUCAUUUCAACCGCCAACGGCUUCAUUGCCCCCACCAGACACGGUUAUCUCAUGCGAGAGCGUUUCCAGUGUCCUUCAUCAAGAGCCUCACAGCAGAACCCUCGCAAGAACUUCAAGAAGGCAGUGUGGAUGGUCAAAUCCAGGCGGAGAGAAGAGCUGGCUGCAGCUGCAGGAAUACCCCAGGACUUGGAGUCAGAGAGUGCCCAGGCCAAUGAAUCCAAAGCAAACAAACGUUCGCAAGUCUGCCUGAUAGUGUAG